UGCUUAGCACAAACAGCACUAAAUACUCGUGGAUAUUGGAGCUUUCUGUGUGUAACGAGUGAGCCCUAGAAUCAAAUCGGCUGUUUUGAAAACCGUCCUGGAGUCUGGUUAAUUGAGAUCACGACUGAGAAGGGUGAGUACAGCUGGAUAUAAGAGUGAGUCUGGAAAGGGCACAUAUGUUGAUCUAGUCGUGAUUCGAACGCACGUUACAUCCAGAAGGUUCUAGUUCCCGAAAGAUUUCCCAGCAAUGGAUUCGGAAAUCAAUAUAAAAUAUCGGACCCUUUUGGUUCACCACCUUGAGAAGGACGAAAUUGAAUUCGAACUCGAAACUAGAGCAGUGCAAUUCGAGAUGGAGGAAAGUGUAUCGGUGCUUAGGAGAUGUUUGCGUGAGAAAUUGAAGCGAGAGAAAGGCGAUCCGGAAGAAAUUGAUUUCACAAAGUGUGAAACACGCACAGUAGCUAAUGAAAUCGAAUUGAUAGAUGGAAAGAUAAAAGAAAUUAGUGAUUAUUUGGAGAAGAAGAAGGAGUUCGAGGGAGUUCGGGAGGCACUAGGGACAAGAAUCGAUCCGUAAGGAAGUCAUGCUCCAGAUUACGAACUCGCUUACACAGUUGCAAUUAGGACAACCAGGUCCGUCGAUUGUGCCGCGAGUGUCUCAAGAGACCCAGACGGACGAUACAGAAGCGAAUUCCGGAGGGAAUCAGGAGUCCAGGCAAUCCAAGGUCCAAAGUAGUCAACCGUGACGACAACUCCGUUCUAGUUUAAAUCAUUCACAUCCUUCCAUCUUACUAAACGGUCCUCAAAGUUCUGUGGUGCCGUCUGGAUCGAAUAUUCUUCGGCAACCUAAAGAGUACCUGCUGAACAGAGUG